UACCUAUGCUAGUUUACACUGAUGUUGCUGUGAUAUCGAGGGAGACAACGUAUCGAAAUGAUGUUAAGAAUAUUCUAUAAAAGCUGGUUUACACUCUUUGGCAUUCGCUGUUUCUUUUUUGGAAUGUGUGUUGCAGAUAUCUGGUUCGGCAGCAACCAACAGUAUCUGUGUCGAUGUACGGACAACAAAUGUUUACCUGAUGGAACUUGUGCUGAUGGUGCCAGAUGUUUAAGUGAAUGGUUUGGUCCGUCUUGUCAAUAUCAAAAUCUAGCCACAGUUUAUACAGCUAAAGUACAGCCAGAUAAUUCUUUGAUUAGUGUCACAGAUGACAUCCAAUGUAAUAUCAACUCUGGCAACACAUACAUGGAAGUUACGUGGAAUAUUUCAUAUCCCUUCACGUUUCUUUGGUUACGUUUUACCGCAGUAGUUAACAAAGAUAGUCUAAAGUUUACUUUGCUAAUGAAUGACUUUAAUGUGGAGCAAAUGCAAGUGUUAAAAAUAAGCAAUACAACAAUUGAAAUACGUUCUCCAAAAAUAUCAACAAUAAACCGUAUAAAGAUAGGAGGCGACAUAUUUCAGAAUGUCUGCUCUAUUUAUAUCAGUGGGGGUAGAAAUAUAGCUCUAAAGCAAAGCUCAUCCCAGGACAGCUACUAUAAUAUCACUACUCACAAUGCAACUAACGCUGUUGAUGGAAAUAGAGACACAGACUGGUACUCAGGAACGUGUGUGCACAGUAUCGAUAUGAUUGGGGAUCACUACUGGAUGGUGCAGUUCGACAGAGAAUAUUUGGUUAGCAGAUAUGUCUUGUACAGUAGAUUGGAUAAACCACCGAAUUCUGGCUGCUGUAUAUAUCGCCUCCAACACUUCAGACUGGUGAGCUGGGAUAAUUAUGGACUAGCAGUUCUAAAUUACACCGAAAAUGGAAAUGUUCCUCAGCUAACGGACACAGUAACUUCAGAUAAAGUAAAGGUGUCCAAAGUUACAGUAGUAAUUACUAAUAAUGUUCUCAACUUCUGUGAAUUUGAAGCCUACGGGGACUCGCUGUGCCCACCCGGCAAAUUUGGCCUAGAAUGUAACAAAGAAUGUCGAUGUAGAAAUGACGAGCCCUGCUUUACAGACACAGGAACUUGUUCUUCAGGAUGUGCUGCAGGUUAUACAGGGAUGGGAUGUCAGACACCCUGCAUUCGCGGCACCUGGGGUGUAGACUGCUCGGUCACCUGCAGUAACAACUGUCUAGACAUGACGUCAUGUGAAUCAUCAACCGGUGCGUGUGUUGGAGGGUGUGUGACGGGUUUUAAAACACCCAAUUGUGAGCAAGCCUGUGAUCCUGGAACAUGGGGAAUCAACUGCUCCAUGUCGUGUAGUUCACAUUGUGCGGGAGAUAAAUCUUGUGACCCAGUAAAUGGUACAUGCUACAGUAGUUGUGGUGAUGGGUAUACUGGAGCACAGUGUGAUCAAGAAGUAUAUUCUAUUGAACAUGAUGAAAGCAGAGGCAUCGGGAUUGGGAUUGGAGUAGGAGUUGUGAUCACAUCUACUGUUUUUCUAAUCGUCCUGGCCAUUUUGUACCGCCUUGGGAUUUUGACGCUAAGUAGAAAGUUGAGAAAUGGGAAAAACAGAACAUUAACUGAACCAGAGACGAAAUAUCAAAUUGAACCCAGCAAUGCCUAUGAUAUAGUGACAGAUAAUGAGGCGACUGGCAAUCGACAAGCUCAAGUUCAACGAAACUCUGAUGUCAAGGAAAACGUAAACACAUAUGAUGUUAUUAAUCUAGACGAUGUAGGCAAACAGGAUUCGAGUUACUGCACAAUUAAAACGUAGUGAAUUUAAAAAAGACUUUCUUAUAUAUAUAUAUAUAUAUA